AUGAGGCUUCUUGUAACUCUAUGCACAACCUGCGUAGUUUUACUAUCCAGCUGUGGAAGUUGUGGAGAUCCAGGCUCCCAGGGUCGAGCGACUGUCACAACUACUCCUGGCAUACCGGGUCCACCAAGUCCACAUACAAACAAAGUAGAGGCACCUGCCAGGAAUGGCCAACUCACUCCUGUUGCUACGAAUACAUCUGGCACAGUCCAAGAUAAUUCUGCUGGAUCUAAUAACUCUGACCUUGAUUUGGCUAAAGCAGAUCCAAAAAAGGUAAUUGUGGACAAGUUAGCGGAUCAAGACAUAACACACUAUAUGUACCAUCCUAAUGGAGCCACAAAGAUUCUCUCUGUAAGCUUUGGUUCAGCUAAUCUUUGGACUGCACGUCACGGUGAGAAGUUAUUGCGUGCCUAUGCAUAUCAGAAACAGGGCUGUUCCUUCCUCGCUCAUCUAUACAUUCAAAGUUCCGGUAGAUUGAUCCACAUGUUCUUUGAAAAGGGCAAUAACGGUUCUACUGAACUGAAGAUAGAAGAUUUUAGAACAAAGUAUGAGGGAAUGUUAUCGUCAAAACCAGCUGCACCAGUGAACAAAAACAGUAAAAAGAAGAAUUCAGGUAAACAGGAUAAGGGAUCUUCAGGAGUUAUUGAUAUAGAAAAUCCUGAUAACUCGCUCUGUAAAACAUUCAAAUGCGUUAUGGAUGAUGUUGACACACUUUUAUGCGUUCCGUUUUGGGGAUUAAAGGAGGUAAAGUGCGGUUCUACCAGUGUAUGGAAGGCAGACGAAGAUAAAGAAUGCACUCUUCUAAAGAUACACUAUGAUAAGGAUAAAAAACCUGUUAUGAUUCAUGCAACUGCGGAAUCUUGUUCUGAAGUUGUUGCUUAUUCACGAAUAUAUAAAAAAAGGACAUUGGGGAAAAACAAAUGGGAGAAUGUUAGGAUCUCCUACGACAAGGAACUUAAACGGUUUGCCACAGCUAGGGAUUCCGUUGAUGGAUUUGUCUUGGACGUCAGGGAUCUGGAAAAAACAGAAGAAUGUGACGUUCUUAAACUCAGUCUCUUUGGAAUGUCUACAGUGCUAUUUAUUCCAAAACCAGGGUUCUACACAACCAGAGUUACUUAUGGUGAUGUCCAACUUUAUGAAUCUAACCAGAGUAAGUGUGAAAGGGUUAAUGUUGCUUAUGUAACUCGCUACAGCUCGAGUAUUUCCCUGAUGUUCAUAGUUGUUUCAAAUAAUUCAGAUAAUAAGUCUGCUGCUGUGCAUUUUCGUAUAAAAAAAGGUGACAUGCUUCACUCCCUGGACGAGGAAACAUAUUUUAAACUAGUAAAAAGUAUGAAAACUAGGGAGCUUGGCAAUAACUACCAGAGUUAUGAUAUAUUAUCACCUGAUCCAGGAUGCCAAGUUUUGGACUCAUUUGUGGGUAGCAUACCAGCAAAGCUACUCAUUCCACCAACUGGAACUUGCAUAAACAGAUUUACAAUAGGUGACAAUAUGAUUUGGGGAGCUGCUAUCGCUUCUGAAAUUUGUGCCUUUGCAAUAACAUACCUUAGUGGAAAGGAUCCUGACAUUUUACAUGUGAUUAGGGUUAACCCUACUGGACAAGAAGAGAUAUAUUACACAAAAGAGAGUGGAUGGAAGGAAUGUAAGGAUCCUAAGAAAAGUUUGGCCCCUCUUAGAACAUCUGGAAACCCUGUAAACUUUGAGUUGGACCUGGGUUCACAGAAGUAUGAUAAUGUACAGGUAGUUGAUAUGAGAGAUUCCGUAUUUCCAUCGAUCCUCUUUGUCCCAAAGGUUAAUUCUGUUGCAACCUCUGUUAAACAUGGCCAAGACAUAAUUUUAAAUGUAGGUAACGACAGGGUUUCUCUUGUUGUACUUUACCUCAAGGAUAAGAAGCCAUUUCUCCUGUACAUACUUCUUCUAGACUCUUCUGCUAAGCCGGAACCAAAGUACUAUUAUAGAGAUGACAAUAAGUGGAAUUCUAUAAACAGUAAGGAGGACUUCAACAAAAAAUUAGCUACAAUUGCAGCUUCCAACUAA